UCUAGGCGAGCCGCAGCCAUGGCCAUCAACACGGACGCGCACUUGGAGAAGGCGCUGGAGGGCUCCCCGCCGGCCGCCCACUCCCACGAGACCGAGAAGCUGCUGACCUCGGGCGCCGGCGGCCCGGGCGCCAAGUCCUUCUCGGCCUCCGAGGAGGCGCUGGGGGCGGCCGAGGCGGAGAGGAACGGCCACCACGCCGGGCCUUACAAAGCCGCCUCCGAGGGGCAGCUGGGGGAGCGCUCGCUCUCGCCGUCCCGGCUCAGCCUGGGGCGCGCCUCGUCCACGGCCACCACCUCCAACCUGCACGAGCCCGGCCGCUCGCGGGACUACCUGUUACUGGCCAUCUUCUCCUGCUUCUGCCCCAUCUGGCCCAUCAACAUCCUGGCCUUGGUCUUCUCCAUCAUGUCUAGGAACAGCCACCAACAGGGCGACGUGGACGGGGCGAAGCGGCUGGGGCGUGUGGCCCGGUUCCUCAGCAUCCUUUCGAUUGUGCUGGGCACCCUCAUCAUCGUCAUUUGCGCGAUGAACUUUGCAGGUCUCCUGAAAUCAAACUAGCACAAGUCAAGGCCUGUGAGCGAUGGACGCGGCCUUCGUCCGGCGGGCGUCUGCCA